UUCACCUGACAAAAAUAUUGGGUUCAACUGCUAAAAAUGGCAGCAAAACGGAUUCAUAAUUUCGCCGCAGAAGACGACGAUGACGCUAUGAUGAUGCCCAACACCAACCAGCAGCCAAACCCCAAACGGAUCAGACCUUCUUUUGCUUCUGUGAUCAAAGAAGUGGUGACCAUGAAAUACCUAGACAACUUCUGCUCUGCCUUGGAACCAAUGUUUAAAAAAGUGGUGCAAGAAGAGGUGGAGAAUGCGGUGAGGCGACUUUAUUCGCCAUCACCGGCGAUGAUUUCAUCGUCAUCAUCUUUGCUGAAAACCCAUAACAGCUUCCAUGGCCGACUCCCAGCCCUAAGUCUAAUUUUCCGGCAGAAAAUGGCCGCCCAGAUCUUCACCGGAACCAGGAUUCUGUCGGAGGACGGCGCCACCCCCCUGGAGAUCAUGCUGGUGGACACCAGCGGCGGCAGCGGACUAAUCCCCGCCGCCCUCCCCUUUCCGAUCAAGCUCGAGGUGGUUGUCCUCGACGGCGACUUCCCCCGGGAAGGUGAUGUGGCGGCGGGGCCGUGGACUAUCCACGAUUUCAACAAAAAUGUCGUCAAGGAACGGACCGGAAAGCGGCCGUUACUCGCCGGAGACGCGUUUGUGAGCAUGACGAAUGGCUUAGCUCAUCUCUCCAACAACAUUGAGUUUACCGAUAAUUCGAGCUGGAUCCGGUGCCGGAGAUUCAGGCUGGGAGCUAGAGUUGUGCACGUCGGAAACGGCGCCGGAGAAAGUGUUGAUAUCAGAGAAGCCAUAACUAACUCUUUCAUGGUCAAAGAUCACCGGGGCGAAUUGUACAAAAAACAUUAUCCACCAGCACUAGAUGAUGAUGUGUGGCGUCUAAAGAAUAUUGGGAAAGAUGGAAAGUUUCAUAAAAAACUCGCCUCAAAUGGCGUCAACACAGUGCAAGAUUUCUUGAAGCUCUCUGAGGUUGAUCGCAACAAGCUCAGAACUAUAUUAGGAGGUGGUAUGUCAGAGAAAAUGUGGGAUGUAACUUAUAAACAUGCAAGCACUUGUGAGAUAGGCAAUAAAUUGUACAUAUCACAAGGGGACAACUACACUCUUUUCCUCAAUCCCAUUUGCCAACUUGUUAGGGCUAUUGUUGAUGGCCAAAUUUAUGCUUCUGGCUAUAACCACUUAACCAUCUUCCCAAAGGGAUGCAUGGCGAAUUUGGUUAAGAAUGCCUAUCAAAAUUGGAGUUCCUUACAAGUGUGUGAUCUAGUGCAUGAGCCCGCAUUACUAACCCAAGGCCGGGAAGAGGGUUUUUUGGAGACUGUAUUUUCUAAGCAGCUUCCUUCGUGAGAGAAGAAGAAAAUAUAUAUAUAAUCUUGAAAAGCACGACUGUUUCCAAGUAAUAGCACUGCAUUUAAUUUCAAUCUUUUUGUAAACUGUCAACUGUCAACAAUGGAUGUUUUGGAGAACCCCAGUCCCCAUCUAAUAACCCUCCUUUUCUAAUUAUUUUUGAUACAACAGAUUCUCGAAAAGUUAUUCUGUAGACCCGAGUCCACAUGGAAAGGUGGACUCGUAUCUAAAAUAAAAAAUUUACAUACUGAAUGUUCAUAAUUUA